UUUUAUUGAACUUGUGCGAAGAACAGAGAACGUUCUCUUGUCAGAAAUGAAAAAAGCUUAGGUGGAAGAAAAUUCUUAAUACACCUUCCUUCACCGCAUUUUUUAAGGAAUUGCGACCUAGGAGGUGGUGUAGUCGUAAUUAAGAAAGUAUUAGUAGUAACCCAUAGGCGAAAAUUAAAAAUUUCGACUGAAGAAAGCGUUUUUAUUUCGGAGACGAGCUAUCCAAGUAUCACAACUCGGACCGAUUCGUUGCGGAUGUAACAGCUGGGACGGCAUUGGUCAUUUGCAAUUUCAGCGUCGGAAACUAAAACAAGGGCAAUAAAAACAACAGCUGUCUCAAUCGCAGAAGUAGCAAGGGCGACAGCAAAUAGCAUCUAAAUGAACACAAAAGCUGACGUCAACAGGCGAGUUUUGGCCAUUCAAGCCAAGAAAAAGAGGCAUAAGCCUAAUAAGAAGCGUGGUAAACCGAAUGGUGUUGCUGCCGGUACUGGUGGCGGCAGUGGAGGUGGUGGUCAGACACCGGGAAAUUCUAAUAAUAGCAAUCAAGGUGGUGCUCCACCGACAUCUCCUAUUUCGCCGGAAUGUGAAAUUAAUCCGAAAAUGUCCAAAUCAUUUAGUGGCGCUCCGUCGACUAGUGGCACAGGUUCAUUGACUGCCAAUACGCCCGCUACAGGCUCUGCCAAUAAUUUGGACGAUAUUGCAUACAUGAAGGGUGCGGCGAAUAAUGCCGGUAGUAUUGGUGUUGGCAUCAUCGGCGGGGGCAAAAAGUACUCUGCUAACUAUCAACAGCAGCUGUCGCAGCAGCAACAAAACCAGCAACAGCAAAAGUGUAUGAAUAAUAUGCAUUUGCAACAGCAACAAUUUCAAAAUUUACAACAGCAUCAAUAUGAUGAUACCCAGCAUCAGCUGCACCAACAAUAUCAAUACCCGCCACGCAGUUCAUCGAAUGAUUCGGAAGACUCGGAACUGAACAGUGAAAAUGAGGAGCAGGAGCUCAAGGAAGACUACUGCAAAGGUGGCUAUCACCCUGUAAAUAUUGGUGAUCUUUUUCAAGGACGUUACCACGUUGUACGCAAAUUGGGUUGGGGUCACUUCUCCACCGUUUGGCUGUGCUGGGAUCUGCAAGAGAAGCGUUACGUGGCCAUAAAGAUCGUAAAAUCCGCUCAUCACUUCGCCGAGACGGCUAAAGACGAAAUUAAGAUACUCAAAUCGGUGCGUGAUUCCGACCCAAGUAAUCCGCGUCGCCAGAAAACAGUGCAACUACUGGACGACUUCAGAAUCACUGGGGUAAAUGGAACACACAUUUGCAUGGUGUUCGAGGUGCUGGGCGACAACCUGCUAAAACUGAUACGCAAGUCCAAUUAUCGCGGCAUACCCAUUGAGAAUGUAAAAUCGAUUACGCGCCAGGUGCUAGAGGGCUUGGACUACUUACACACUUGCUGCAGGAUCAUACAUACCGACAUCAAGCCGGAAAAUGUGCUACUUUGUGUCGAUGAACAAUAUGUGCGUUCGUUAGCGAACGAAGCUACUGAGCUGUAUGUGAUGAAUUCUAAAAUGUUUCCGUCGUUUGUGAGCCGUGCUCCCAAAGAAUAUCGCGAGCCGCAAAUUACCGGUAAAAUGAGUAAAAACAAAAAGAAAAAGCUAAAAAAGAAAGCAAAGAAACGUUUGGAGUUGUUCAAGAAACAAUGGGAUUAUUUGGAACAAAGUGGUGGUGGGCAAGGAGGCGAAGCGCCAGCUGAAGGGACCGACGGCACGGAAUUGUCCAACGAUGGCAUUGGCGAUGGACGCGCCGAGCAGCGAGUGCGUUUGAAGGGUGGUAAAAUGGUGAAUGGCGAGACAACAGAUCCGGAAGAUGGGCAGGAAGAUGUUGAUGAUGGUGAUGAUGAAGAUGCUGAUGCCGAACAGGAUAUUAUAGCUGAGGAGCAUGCAGCCGAUGCUGAUGCCGACGAUGAUGACGAUGAAGAGGAGCAGUUGCAGGAGCGCACCAGCUACAGCUCGAAUACGAAUUCGCCCCGAAAGCAACAGAAACAGAAGGCCGGCAAAGAUGCAGUAGAACAAGUUAUUACAAACAAUGUUGGUGGGGAUAAAAAGAAGAAGAAGAAGAAAAAUAAGAAAAACUCGGCACAACAGCAACAAAACCAAAAGGAGAAAGAAAAGCAGCACCAGCAAAAUGAUAAUAAAUCUACAUCCAGUAGCGACAGCCACACCAUCAAAGACGAAUUGAACGAUUCGGGCAGCUCUUCACCCACUCUCAAAGGACAAUCAGCAAACAAGAAAGUAUCAAUGACAAAGACUUCCGAAACUAAGGCAACCAAAACGCAAAAUAACAAUAUUAAGAAUAACAACAACUCAAACACGUCGAAUACGAGCACCACAACAAAUGCAAAACAAAACGCCAAUAACAAUGAGAAAGUUGUUAAUUGUACUGUUACAACAGCAACACCACAACAAACCAAAUCGGAACCGACAAUAUACGCAACUUCAUUAGCUUCGCCACCGGCCGUAAAGCCAACACCUCGAAAAGAUCCCGCCUUGGAAGCGUGCAAAUUCGAUGUGAAAAUCGCCGAUCUCGGCAAUGCUUGUUGGGUGGACAAACACUUCACCGAGGACAUACAAACGCGUCAAUAUCGUUCGCUGGAGGUGAUACUCGGCGCUGGCUACGAUACAUCAGCGGAUAUUUGGAGUACUGCAUGCAUGGCUUUUGAGCUGGCCACCGGCGAUUAUCUAUUCGAGCCGCAUUCGGGCGAGAACUAUUCACGUGACGAGGAUCACAUUGCACAUAUUAUCGAACUCUUAGGACCGAUACCGCAUAGCAUAAUUCUACGCGGCGCGUACGCAUCGCAAGCGUUCAAUCGCAAAGGAGAACUACGCAACAUCACCGGAUUGAAGCCGUGGGGUUUAGUCGAUGUGCUGUCUGAAAAGUACGAAUGGCCGCGCGACGAUGCGGAAGCGUUCGCCGAUUUUCUCGUACCAAUGUUGGAGUUCGAUCGGGCGAAGCGUGCAACGGCUGCUGAUUGCCUGAAGCAUCCGUGGCUGAGAUAAAAUACAAUGAUUUGCUGUUGCGCGUUUGCGCCAGCACCAAUUAUAACACCACCAGAGACGUCAUUGCCGUUGCUAUCACCGUUGCCGUCGCCGUUGCCCUUGCAGUUGACGACAACAUCCACACUGAUGUCACUGUCUCUAUCUUCGUCGCCGUCGCCCUCAUACGCAUUACCUACUACUACGACCGCAACCAACACCAUUGGCAGCAGUAGCAUAGUGGUGGCAGCGGCGUUGGCGGAAUUGGAUGGAGUGCAGUGUACAUCAGUGCGUAAACCAUUGGCGGCAACAAAAACCACUUCGCUACCGUUGCCGUUGCUGUCGCAUAAGCGUACGACGCGUUCGGUGUCGGGCGGCGCAGUGACGCCAUCAUCUACGGCGGCGGCGUCGUCGACGGCCGGACAAACGCUAUGCUGGCGCAAUACGCUGCGUCGCAUGUUUCAGCGCAAGUGACGUUGGCUGUUGCGUGCGCGACGGCGACGACAACGUGAACGCGCACUUUGGAAUUGUCGUUGGCGCGGGCGCGGCAAGCGGCGUCGUGUGGUGGUGUUGGCAUUGGCGCAUGCGCGCUAUUAUUGAGAGUGGUUAGAAUUGGAUUGCAUAUUUAUUAAACAAACAAAUAAUAAUAAUUUAUAAUGAUACAUAUAAAAUAUUAUGAAGGAGGCGUAAAUUAGAAAAUGAUGCACACAUUAUGGAGAAUAUUGGUAGCGCGACAGCCAGAGUAGUCACAGCAUCACCAACAAAGCAAAAAAAAAAAAAAACAAA